AUGGUAAGAGUUUCGGUGAAACUUGUCAAGCAGGACUCGGCGAAGAAGUCGAAAGUGGGCGCAAGUCCCAAAGUGGGAGAGGGUCGCAAGAUGGUCACCUCUACCCCUAAAACUUCCAAAACUCCUGCGACGCGUAAGGGAAAAGAAAAGGCAAAGGUAGAGGGCGGAAACAAGGAUGCCAAGACUCCCAAGGCGGGCAAGGCCAAAAACCAGGGCACUACUUCGACUCCUGUUCGCACCUUGUCCGGACGUCUGGUCAGGACCCCUAGCAACUGGAUCCACUGA